GGAUGCUUCCUGCUUUGGACCCAAGGCUGAAGGAGGGCCAUCCAGGAAGGGACUGCGGGCUAAGAGUUGAAGGGAAGAAUCGCCCCACCAUGCACUGCAGGAGGUGUCUGCCCCAAGCGGGGACCAGCUGGAAGACGCUGAAACGACUGGAACCGAAGAUCCAGGUGGAUGCUGUGCCAGGCGCAGGGAACGACCUCAUCCUCACGAGGAUCCUCCACAUGGACCGGACGUGGUGCUCCUUAACAACACCUCUCAGGGGCUUUGUCCGUCAUCAAGGAGGAUAUCAGGGGGGUCCGUCUCAACCUACCUCCCCCCGACCAAGCCAGAUGGCCCUGAAGAAUGUGGCCACUUCUGAAGCCAUUGAGAAACACAAGAAGCACUUGGCCGACUGGUUCCGCCAGCAGCCCAAUGAGGAGAGGCAGUUCGGGCCGUCCUUCUCGCUGGACACGACCCACGUGGACCCCGUCAUCCGAGAGAGCUCCCUGGAGGAGAUCCUGAAGCCCUCUCCCGAGAUGACCAUCCAGAACCAGCUCCAGGCCCCCGGCACCAACGUCAUCGGCCUCCAGAACCUCUUCGACAUGGACGCCUGCGGCCGCCAAGUAAAGAACGUGGUCCUGUAUGGCACGGUGGGCACCGGGAAGAGCACCCUGAUCAAGAAGAUGGUGAUGGACUGGUGCCACGGCCGCCUGCCCCGCUUUGAGCUGCUGCUCCCCUUCUCCUGCGAGGACCUGUCCCAGAACAACGCGCCCAUUUCUUUGCGCCGUCUGAUCACCAAGAAGUACCUGCACCUCCGGGAGGUGGUGCCCGUGCUGGGCUCGACCCACCUCAAGGUGCUUUUCAUCCUCAACGGCAUGGAGCGCCUCAACUUGGACUUCCGCCUGGCCCACACGGAGCUCUGCUGCGACCCCAACGAGCCGGUGCUUCCUUCGGCCAUCGUGAUCAACCUGAUGAGGAAGUACAUGAUGCCAGAGGCGAGCAUCAUUGUCACCACCCGCCCCUCUGCCGUGCGCCGGCUCCCCAGCAAGUUUGUGGGCCGCUACGUCGAGGUCUGCGGUUUCUCCAACGUCAACCUUCAGAAGCUCUACUUCCAGAUGCGCCUGAGCCAACCCGAUUGCAGCGGCGCUUCCGGUCCCGCCACGGCGGAAGAGUCGAGCGAGCGGGACAAUCUGGUGGAGAUGCUCUCGAGGAACUUGGAGCGCCACAACCAGAUCGCGGCCGCUUGCUUCCUGCCUUCCUACUGUUGGCUGGUCUGCACCACCUUGCACUUCCUCUACUUCACCAAGUCGGUGCCCCCCGCUCAGACGCUCACUGGCAUCUACACCAGCUUCCUGCGGCUCAACUUCAGCGGGGAGGUGCUGGACAGCACCGACCCCUCCAACAUCUCCAUGAUGAAGUACGUGGCCAAAACGGUGGGCAAACUGGCCUACAAAGGGGUGAUGUCCCGGCAGACGUCCUUCUCGGAGGAGGACCUGCGCCACUGCUUCGAGGUGGAGAUGAAGGAGGAGAGCGAGCUCAACCUCCUGAAUGUCUUCCGCAGUGACGUCUUCCGCUUCUUCCUCACUCCCUGUGUCCAGCCGGGCAAGGAGCACACCUUUGUCUUCACCAUUCCCGCCAUGCAGGAGUACUUGGCAGCCCUUUACGUGGUCCUGGGCGAGAAGAAGACCUUGACGCAACGGAUAGGCAAGGAGGUCUCCGAGGUCAUCGGCAAGGUGAGCGAAGACGUCGCCGUGGUCCUCAGCAUUGUCUCCAAGUUCUUGCCGCUGCGCAUCUUGCCGCUGCUCUUCAACCUCAUCAAGAUCUUCCCCCGCUACUUCAGUCGCUUCAGCAGCAAGGACCGCGACACCAUCGCUCGCACCAUGGCGGUGGAGAUGUUCAAGGAGGAGGACUACUUCAACGACGACGUCUUGGAUCAGAUCAACUCCAGCAUCCUCGGGGUGGAGGGACCCAUGCGCCAUCCGGACGAGGCCUCCGACGACGAGGUCUUUGAACUGUUCCCCAUCUUCAUGGGUGGGUUGCUCUCGCGGCGUAACCGGGCCAUCUUGGACCAGCUGGGCUGCCCUAUCAAGAACCUGACAGUCUUUGAGAUCGCCAAGGCCAUGAAGAAGACGGUCAUCCGCAACAGUCGUAAGGGCCUGCCCCCGUCUGAGCUCAUGGAUUACCUCUUCUUCCUGCACGAGUUCCAGAACGAGCGCUUCACGGCCGAGGCCGUCCAGUCCUUGAGGACCAUCAACCUCUCCUCCGUCAAGAUGACCCCACUCAAAUGCUCUGUCCUGGCAUCUGUGGUGGGCACCACAAGCCAUGAGGUGGAGGAACUCAACUUGGCCUCUUGCCACCUGGAUGUCAACAGUCUGAGGACUCUGUUCCCUGUCUUCCUGAGGUGCAAGAAGCUCCACUUGCAGCUCAACAGUCUGGGGCCAGAAGCUUGCAGGGAGAUCCGAGACCUGCUCUUGCACGAGAAAUGUAUGGUGAGCACGUUACGUUUGUACUUCAACGAGAUCAGCGAGGAAGGCAAGCAGGCCCUGCACGGGCUGCGCAAAGACCGCGACGGCGUCAAGGUGCUCGUCUUCCUGACGGUGGGGGCCGACGUCUCCGACUACUGGUCCAUCAUUCUGAACGUGGUCCAGAAGAACUUGCCCGUCUGGGACCGUGAACGCGUGCAGCAGCACCUCGGCCUGCUCCUGAAGGACCUGGAGAGCAGCCGCCGUCAGACCGUCAACCCCUGGAAGAAGGUCAAGUUCAUGCGGGUGGAGAACGAGGUCAAGAGAAUGCUGGGCAAAAUCCAGCAGGGGGCGCUCUGAGGCAGCGCCCCUCGUGGAGGGCCGCGGUUACCGUCCACCGAAAGAGCCGUGUUGACUUCCAUCCCUGGUAUUAGGCUCCAUGUAACGCAAGCUUGCAGCUUCCCCGCUCCACUGGCCGUGGCUGCUUCAAGGUGGGAACCACCUGCCAAUUCCAUCCUCUGCCAGACAUGGCCCUCGACCACCUUCCUGAAACCGGGGUCAGAUGCCACACUGGGGAGGGGGGCUCAGAAGAGCCACAGGUGGUUCCCGAGGCACGGAGUGGCCGUCGCCGCUCUAACCGCCUGCUCCCUGGUCUCCUGGAGGUGGUGUACGCCAGUGCCAGACAGGGAGAACCAAUUUGGGAGAAGGAAGGAAGCCACAGGGUGCGGACAAAGGUACUGUUGAAAACUGGAGCCUGUGUAGACUUUCUCCCCAGUCCGGGCUCCCGGCUGUCUCUGCAAACGAAUCCAAAUGCCAAUUCGGGCCUUUGUCUUGCCCCUCCCCCUGUCCUUUGGGCAUAGGGUUGCCAGCCUCCGGUUGGGGGCAGGGGAUCCCCUGGUUUGGAGGCCCUUCCCCUGCUUCAGGAUUAUCAGAAAGUGAAGGGGUGGGGAAUGACCACUGGGAGCUCCAUUAUACCCUAUGGAGAUCGGUCCCCAUAGGGUAUAAUGGAGAAUUGAUCCAUGGGUAUCUAGGGCUCUGGGAGGGUGUUUUUGAGGUAGAGGCAACAAAUUUUCAGCAUAGGAUCGGGUGCCUCUCCUCAAA